AUGGCCGUGUCCAUCGCCGCCGUUUCUUCCCUCGCAACCCUCUGCUACCUCUACCCGACAACGGUCUUCCUCUUUUCUAGCAUUGCUUCCGUCAUUGCCACUUGCACUCUUCAGGACCAGAAAGAUGACGACAAGCCUCUACGACCAAGCAAGCGAUUCGUCGUCGUCUCGUACGGUUUGUUUCUAGCUACCUAUGCCGUGCAGAUAGCUCUUCUGUGCAUACAUGCCAUUCUUAUGCACGCCUGGACCGUCGAGGAGCAUGUCAUCAUUGGCCGCCUUUCAUGCUUUCUCGUCUUUGGCAUUCAGCUGAGUCGCAUACUCGACUCUAAUCGUCUCUCGCCCAUCCCGCUAUGGGGCUCCGUUGCACUCGCCUUGGCCUUUGAAGUCGUCAUUACUAUUUCGUCAACGCUUUCAACCCCCAACCUUGCCGGCGUUUUUGCGCUUUCCGAUUUUUUCUUGAGCAUUUUUCGUUGCACUCUUCUUGCCGCGCUAGCUUCCGUAGCCGUCCUCGGCUGGUGGGCUGCUCCAAACCCAAACCCCGAGGCCGAGUCUCUUUUACCCAAGGAUGAUCCGCCUACGGGCUAUGGAACGCAAACUGAAACCGAGGCCGAGUACAGCUGGGAAAGAAGACAGCGUGAAGCACGCGAGGUCAUGGAAAAGCGCCUCAAGCAAAAUGGCAACUGGUUUCAAUACGUAAAAGGUUUCAUGAUUUUGUUCCCCUAUGUCUGGCCAGUGGGACAUAAAGCACUGCAAAUGCGAGCGUUCGCCGUCGUGCUUUGCCUAUUUGCGUCCAACGCCCUGCAUCUUCUCAUACCCCGUCAGACUGGCAUCAUCAUGGACAGCCUCAGUGGCACCAAUGCCGUCAGUCCCUGGAUCGCCGUCUUGACGUAUGCUAUACUGCGUCUAGCAUCGUCCGAGUGUGGCAUCGAGCUUGUUCGGCAAUGGCUUUGGAUUCCCGUCAAGUACUUUUCCCAUGAUGCGCUCACUCGUGCUGCCUAUUCGCACAUGAUGCAUCUCUCUGCCGACUUCCACGACUCCAAGAGCUCCUCGGACAUGCUCAUGGCCAUUCAUGGCGGUGGUGCCGUGUCCAACGCUGUAGAGAGCAUAUUUCUCCAGGCUACUCCCAUGCUGGUCGACAUGCUGGUCGCCGUUGUCUACCUCUCCGUCACCUUUGGGCCUUACGAAGGACUUAUCACUAUGGCCACGGCCACCAUCUUCCUGCAUUGUGCUAGCCGUCUUGUCGCCAAGUCCAAAUCUGUCAAUCGAAAUAGGGUCAAUGCCAUCUAUCAGGAGCACUACGUUCGGCACUCCGGGCUGCUAGGCUGGCAGACCGUGUCCGCAUUCAAUCAAAUCGGCUACGAGGAUAAUCGGCACGCUAACGCCGUGGCAAACCGCUGGCUUAGGGAACAGCAGUACGUGUUAAGCUGGCACAUUUCGACCGCCUUCCAGACCAUUGUGCUGUCUUCUGGACUCUUGGCGUCUGCCUUUCUCGCCGUCUACCGCAUCCAGAACGGUCGAGCCACCUCCGGUCAAUUCGCCAUGCUGCUCAUGUACUGGGCUCAGCUGACGUCGCCGUUGCAAUUUUUUGCCAAAUUGGGCAAGAGCAUGAGUGACGACUUCAUCGAUGCCGAGCGUCUUCUCGAUAUUAUGAACACCGAGCCCAGCGUCAAGAAUAAGAAGAAUGCCCGCCCACUCAAAUUUGUUUCCGGCAAAGUCGAAUUUGACAAGGUUUGCUUCAGCUACGACGAGCAAAAGGGCGUUAUCAAGAAUGUCAACUUGGACGUUCCUGGGGGUCAGACUGUGGCGUUUGUCGGAGCUACGGGAGCCGGGAAAUCUACUUUGCUUCGUCUGCUUGACCGCUUCUACGAUGUGACGGGUGGUGCGAUUCGCAUCGAUGGACAAGACCUACGCGAUGUUGACCUUUUCAGUCUCCGCGACCGCAUCGGCAUUGUGCCUCAGAAUCCCAUUCUCUUUGAUGACACCAUUAUCAACAAUGUUCGAUACGGCAGAAUCACGGCCACUGAUGAAGAGGUAUACGACGCUUGCAGAGCCGCUUGCAUUCAUGAUAAGAUCGUGGGCUUUACCAACGGAUACCAGACCCGUGUCGGAGAGCGUGGUGUCAAGCUAUCUGGGGGAGAACUGCAGCGUGUUGCCAUUGCGCGUGCCAUUUUGCGCAAACCUGAUAUCGUACUACUUGAUGAGGCAACCAGUGCAGUUGAUACCGACACGGAGCAGCAAAUUCAGCUUUCCUUUCGGCGUCUUUGCCAAGGCCGAACCACCUUUAUUGUUGCUCAUCGCCUGUCGACCAUUAUGAAUGCCGACCGCAUUGUUGUCAUUGAACACGGGGAGCUUAUUGAGAGUGGCAGUCACGAUGAGCUGAUUUGCGCUGGUGGACGAUACGCGGAUCUGUGGUCGAAGCAGGUUUUUGUGCAACCCAAGGGCCCUCCUGUCAACAUCACCAAGGCGUUAGAUGAGCAAAAGGUCUCGAGAGCGACAAUUUUCGAGCACGAAAGCACCCAAGUUUCUCGUACUGUUAGUGACAGUGGAGACGAAACGCCUAUGUCUGAGCAGGACUCCAGCGACGCCGUUCCCCAAGCCACCCCAAGCGCCAAACGCGACCGUCUGACGAGAGCUUCUAUCGAUAGCGAUGCUAUGAGCAAGGCUUCAAAGCUUAAUCCCAUUGCCCCGGAAUUUACGCCUCGAACCACAACCCCCAAGAUGCUUCCCAAGUCGGGCGACUAUGACAAGUUGAGCUCGUCGGCAGAGAGGGCACGGCUCUGGGCUGAUGAGGUUGCCGCCGCCAAGGCAGAUGAGGGGCAGGCUGAGCUUGUGAUGCCAAAGCCCAGCACCGAAGCUGAAGAUGAGUCAAAGAUAUUAGACGUGCAGUACAAGCAUCCACGCUACUCUCGUCGCAUCCAGUCGAAGAGUGAUCCACCGUAUGGGGAUCUCGAACUGGCCAAGCCCAUCCCAGUCGACUUUGUGUUAUCCACUAAGCGCAGGGUGUCUGCUCCUCAUGCAAAUCGCACGUCCCUUCCUAAGCCAAAGACAGUUUCCAAGGUAGACAGUCCCAGCAGAGCGCCGUCUGGUUCCUUGACUGGGGUAAAGAAAGACACAGAGUUAAGGACGGAAGAUCAAGAAACAGAGCACGUGAAUGACGAAAACGAACCGCCAGCUCACGUUGGCGAUAUCAAGGCUACUGGCUCGCUCUCCAGGAGCCGUGGCACUCGUCGCGGGCGCGGAUGGCUACGUGGACGCCGUGGACGUGGGCCAUCCGGCAGCUUGCGAACUUCAUCAUCCAAAAUCGGCACGCAAUGA